AUGGCGCACAGAAACAAAAGGAUGCUGCGCUGGUGUCAGUGUCGCCACAGCGGGAUUAGAAGUUCCUCUCUGGACCUCCUUCUGUCCCAGGAGCUAGUUCCGUCCAUGGACCUGUGGGACAUCACACAGAAGGGCUACGAGAAGAAGAGGAGUAAGCUGCUAGCGCCGUACAUCCCGCAGAUCCAAGGAGUCGACCCGUCUCUGCACGUGGACUCCAGGGCCCAGGGGUCAGCACACAUCCUGUCCACCAAACACAAGAGCCGCGCCCCCACCGCCCGGGAUGAGCGCUUCAGGUCAGACCUGCACACUGAAGCCGUCCACGCAGCUCUGGCCAAGUACAAAGAGAGGAAGAUGCCCAUGCCCUCCAAGAGACGCUCUGUCCUGGUGCAGUCGUCUGUGGAGGCCUGCACCCCGACAGACACCUCCUCUGCCUCAGAAGACGAGGGCUCUCUGCGCCGCUAUGGCCGCCUCAUGUCCACGCCAUACCAGCCGCAGCCCCAGGGCACGGUGGAGCACUGGUUUAACCGCGUGAUCCAGGGCUCGUCCACGUCCUCCUCGGCCUCCUCCACCUGCUCUCACCCCGGAGGCAGCAACAGCGCCCCCCACAGCGUGCUGUCCGCCAACGCCACCGCCCAGGCCCUCGCUCAGCUCAUGGCACACACACACAUAGAGCCCCCCUCGGCCCCCCCUGAUGUGACGGGCCUGUCCGAACGCCCCGCCCACCACAGUGACCGCGCCCAGGUGUCGUCUGUGCGAGGCGUCUCUCGGGGAAACCAGCACGUAAUGGACACGGCGGACGCUCUGGGCACCACAACAGUCUGUCGUCACUUGCAGUUCCCCAUCUCAGGUGUCCCGGCCCACAGUCGUGUCUCCUCCAAAAUCCAGCAGCUCCUGAACACGCUCAGGAGACCCAAGCGGCCUCCGUUACCAGACUUCUUUGUGGAUGACUUUGAGGACCUCAUGGAGGUCCAGCAGGUGGACCCAGAGCAGCCCAGGCCAGAAGGACAGCAGAGCAGCCUGGUGGAGGGGGAGGCUCUGGGUACAGGUCAGGGUGGGGCCCCCUCGCUGACCUCGGCCCUCCAGAAGUGGGGAACCACACAGUCCAAAGCCCCCUGCGUGACAGCCUUGGACACCGCGGGCAAGACGGUCUACACGCUCACGUACGGUAAACUGUGGACACGCAGUCAGAAGCUGGCGUACACACUCAUGAACAAGCUGAGCUGCAGGAACGAGCCGCUGCUGAUGCCUGGAGACCGGGUGGCGCUGGUGUUUCCCAACAGUGACCCGGUCAUGUUCAUGGUGGCCUUCUACGGCUGCCUCCUCGCCGAGCUCAUCCCCGUGCCCAUCGAAGUGCCCCUCACCAAGAAGGACGCAGGCUCUCAGCAGAUCGGCUUCUUAUUGGGCAGUUGUGGAGUGAGUCUGGCCCUGACCACGGACGCCUGUCAGAAGGGUCUGCCCAAAGCCCCUACGGGAGAGGUGGCCCCGUUCAAAGGCUGGCCGCGGCUGCUCUGGUUCAUCACUGAUGGCAAACAUGUGGCGAAACCCCCCAAGGACUGGCAGCCGCCCUUGAGAGACGCCAACAACGACACCGCCUACAUCGAGUACAAAACCAGUAAAGAAGGCAGCACUAUGGGGGUGAGCGUGUCGCAGGCGGCCAUGUUGGCUCACUGUCAGGCGCUGACGCAGAGCUGCAGCUACACAGAAGGCGAGACCAUCACCAACGUGCUGGACUUUAAGAGAGAAGCUGGAUUAUGGCACGGAGUCCUCACGAGUGUGUGGAAGCGGCUGCAUGUGGUCAGUGUGCCCUACUCCCUCAUGAAGGUCAACCCUCUGUCCUGGAUCCAGAAGGUGCAGGCUUUCAAAGCCGGGGUGGUGGUGCUGAAGUCCCGGGACAUGCACUGGUCCCUGCUGGCCCAGAGGGACCAGAGAGACCUGAGUCUGAGCUGCCUGCGGAUGCUGAUCGUGGCCGACGGAGCCAACCCCUGGUCCAUCUCAUCGUGUGACGCCUUCGUGAACGUGUUCCAGAACCGCGGCCUGAGGCCUGAGGUCAUCUGCCCCUGUGCCUGCUCCUCUGAGGCCCUGACAGUCGCCAUCCGCAGACCUCCGGAGCCUGGCGUCCCGUCGCCGGGGAAGGCCGUCCUGUCUAUGUCCAGUCUGAGCUACGGCGUGAUCCGCGUGGACACCGAGGAGAAGCUGUCUGUCCUCAGUGUGCAGGACGUGGGACAAGCACUGCCUGGAGGGCUGGUGUGUGUGGUGCGAGUAGAGGGCCCCCCCCUGCUCUGCCAGACUGACGAGGUGGGGGAGAUCUGCCUCAGCUCUGGAGCCUCAGGACUGUCCUACUACGGCCUGCCUGGGAUCACCAAGAACGUCUUUGAGACCACCCCACUGUCGCCCUCUGGUGGCCCGGUGUGUGAGCGCGCCUUCACCAGGACCUCUCUGCUGGGCUUCAUCGGACCGGACGGGCUGGUGUUCGUGGUGGGGAAGCUGGACGGUCUGAUGCUGGUGACCGGACGCAGACACAACGCAGACGACGUGGUGGCGACGGCGCUGGCGGUGGAGCCCAUGAAGUUUGUGUACCGCGGCAGGAUUGCGGUGUUCUCAGUGUGUGUGUUGCACGAUGAGAGGAUCGUGGUGGUGGCAGAGCAGAGGCCUGACGCUUCAGAGGAGGACAGUUUCCAGUGGAUGAGCCGCGUACUGCAGGCCAUUGAUAGUAUCCACCAGGUGGGUGUGUACUGCCUGGCACUGGUUCCUGCGAACACGUUGCCCAAGGCUCCUCUGGGCGGGAUCCACAUUUCUGAGAGCAAACGCCGCUUCCUGGACGGGACGCUGCACCCCUGCAACGUCCUCAUGUGUCCACACACCUGUGUCAGCAACCUGCCCCAGCCCCGCCACAAGCAGCCAGAGGUGGGUCCAGCCUCCAUGAUCGUGGGGAACAUGGUGGCAGGGAAGAGGAUCGCUGUGGCCUGUGGACGAGACGUGGGGCAACUGGAGGACAACGAGCAGUUCUUGUAUAUCCAGGACGUCCUGCAGUGGAGGGCCCAGGCCACUCCAGACCACCCCCUCUUCAUGGUCCUCAACUCCAAGGGCACAGUGUCCAGCUCGGCCUCGUGUGUCCAGCUGCAGAAGAAAGCAGAGAGGGUGGCAGCAGCUCUGAGCGGCCGCAUCAACACUGGAGACCAUGUGGCUCUGCUUUAUCCCCCAGGUGUGGAUCUCAUAGCCACGUUCUAUGGCUGCCUGUACGCCGGAGUGGUCCCGGUCACUGUGAGGCCCCCGCACCCCCAGAACCUGGCCACCACGCUGCCCACGGUCAAGAUGAUCGUCCAGGUCAGCAAGUCGGUGUGCAUCCUGACCACGCAGACCAUCAUGAAACUUCUGAAAUCUAAAGAAGCGGCGGCGGCUGUGGACGUGAAGAGCUGGCCCCUGGUCAUGGACACAGACGACCUCCCCAGAAAGAAGUGUGUUCAGCCGUACAAGCCGCCCACUCCGGAGAUGUUGGCGUACCUGGACUUCAGCGUCUCCACCACGGGCAUCCUGGCCGGAGUCAAGAUGUCCCAUAGUUCCACCAGUGCCCUGUGCCGGUCCAUUAAGCUGCAGUGUGAGCUGUACCCGUCCCGACAGAUCGCCAUCUGCCUGGAUCCCUACUGUGGCCUGGGCUUUGCUCUGUGGUGCCUCUGCAGUGUGUACUCGGGUCACCAGUCCAUCCUGGUGCCUCCUCUAGAGCUGGAGACCAACCCCUCGCUCUGGCUCUGUGCGGUCAGCCAGUACAAGGUGCGGGUGACCUUCUGCUCCUACAGCGUCAUGGAGGUGUGCACCAAGGGCCUGGGUGCGCAGACCGACCAGCUCAAGCUGAAGAGUGUGAACCUGGCGUGUGUGCGGACCUGCAUGGUGGUGGCAGAGGAGCGCCCCCGUAUGGCCCUCACCCAGUCCUUCUCCAAGAUCUUCAAGGACCUGGGCCUGUCCCCCCGAGCGGUCAGCACCACAUUCGGCUGCCGGGUGAACGUGGCCAUCUGCCUACAGGGCACCUCGGGACCGGACCCCACCACAGUGUACGUGGAUAUGAGAGCCCUGCGCCAUGACAGGGUGCGGCUGGUGGAGAAGGGCUCUCCUCACAGUUUGGCGCUCAUGGAGUCUGGAAAGAUUCUCCCUGGGGUCAAAGUCAUCAUCGCCAACACAGAGACCAAGGGCCCCCUGGGGGACUCCCACCUGGGGGAGAUCUGGGUGAGCAGCCCCCACAAUGCAUCUGGGUACUACACGGUGUACGGGGAAGAGGGGCUGUGUGCCGACCACUUCAACACCAGGCUGAGCUUUGGAGACACACACACGCUCUGGGCUCGCACCGGCUACCUGGGUUUCCUGAGGCGCACCGAGCUCACGGACGCCAGCGGAGAGCGUCAUGACGCCCUGUAUGUGGUGGGCUCUCUGGACGAGACCCUGGAGCUGCGGGGCAUGAGGUACCACCCCAUUGAUAUUGAGACGUCGGUGAGCCGCGCCCACCGCACCAUCGCCGACUGUGCGGUGUUCACCUGGACCAACCUGCUGGUGGUAGUGGUGGAGCUGGACGGCUCGGAGCAGCAUGCCCUGGACCUGGUUGCCCUGGUUACCAACGUGGUUCUGGAGGAGCACUACCUGAUCGUGGGCGUGGUGGUGGUGGUCGACCCCGGCGUCAUCCCAAUCAACUCCCGCGGAGAGAAGCAGCGCAUGCACCUGCGAGACGGCUUCCUUGCCGACCAGCUGGACCCCAUCUACGUGGCCUACAAUAUGUGA